AUGGCGACCGGUGAGAGGCGAUCAAAUCUCAGGUUGCUCAGGAAGUCAUUGGUUCUGGACCAAGGCGACACACACACGACUCGCCAUGGAGACUGUCUCAGACUGUGUGCCUACAACGCGAGAACAGUUUCCACAGACGCUGACCUGCAUGCCCUUCUCGGAGCCGCAGAGCGUAUCAAAUUUCACGUGAUUGCUCUGCAGGAGACCAAGUGCAGAAGGAGCGACGUACGACAGAUGAAUGACGGUACACUCGUCAUUCAUGGAGAGAAAGUUCCGUCGCGAAAUGUAGGCGGUGUUAGUUUUGUUGUGCACCCAUCGUAUGGCCAUUCUUCGCUUCCGCUCUUUGCGCUAAAAAUCCAUCAACAUCAUCAACUGCUACUCACCAACAUCAGCAGCUGA